AGAGCCCUCUACAGAGACGUCAUGCAGGAGAACUAUGAGAACAUGACCUCGCUGGGGUUCCCAGUUUCCAAACCCGGUGUCAUCUCCCAACUGGAACGAGGGGAAGAGCCAUGGACCCCAGAUCUCCAGGGCUCAGAGGAAAGAGAGAGCUUGAGAGGCAGCUGCUUGGCAGGUGAGGGGAUGGUGAGAGAGACCGUGGAGCAGAAUCCUCAGCAGGAAGAGGAGCAAGUGGAAGCGCAUGGGGCGUUGUUGCAAAGAUGCAAAGGGAGUGUUUCCAGGAGUUGUGUGCAGGGAAAAGGCUCUCGGGGGCAGCAUAGACCAGAGAAGCAGCAGGGAAACCAGCCAGCGCAGAAAGUUGGAAUAUCUGUUAAUUAUCGGGGAACUCACAAAGGCCUCAAGAAAGCCACGGCCCAGCAGAGAAUCCUGACGGGAGAGAGAAAUAACACGGGCUUCGAGUGUGGGAAAAAGUUCAGGAGGCGCUCACACCAUCAGAGGAUCCACACUGGAGUGAGACCCUAUGGAUGCUGCAAGUGCGGGAAAACCUUCACUGAGCGCUCAACCCUUAUUCGCCAUCAGAAGAUCCACACCGGGGAGAAACCCCAUGAAUGCUGUGAAUGCGGGAAAACCUUCACUCAGCGCUCACACCUUAUUUGCCAUGAGAGGAUGCACACAGGGGAGAAACCCUAUGGAUGCAGUGAGUGCGGGAAAACUUUCACUCGGAGAUCAGGCCUUAUUCGCCAUCAGAGGAUCCAUACAGGGGAGAAACCCUAUGGAUGCUGCGAGUGCGGGAAAACCUUCACUGAGCGCUCACACCUUAUUUGCCAUCUGAGAAUCCACAAAGGGCAGCGCCCCUAUGGAUGCUGCGAGUGCGGGAAAACCUUCACUCAGCACUCAAAUCUCAUUGCACAUCAGAGGAGUCACACAAGGGAGAAACCCUAUAAAUGCUGUGAGUGCGGGAAAACCUUCUCUUGGCACUCAGCCCUUAUAAAACAUCGGAGGAUCCACACAGGAGACAAACCCUACAAAUGCUGUGAGUGCGGGAAAACCUUCAUUGACAGCUCACACCUUAUUUGCCAUCAGAGAAUCCACACAGGGGAGAAACCCUAUAAAUGCUGUGAGUGCGGGAAAACCUUUGCUCGGAGCUCAGGCCUUAUUACACAUCAGAGGAUCCAUACAGGGGAGAAACCUUAUGAAUGCCGUGAGUGCAGGAAAACCUUCCAUCACAGCUUUUCUCUUAUGUAUCACCAGAGAAGCUGCAAGGGAGAUAAACACCAUGAAAAUCCUGUCUAGGACUCAGAAAAGAUUGUUUUUUCCUUUUGCCAAUUCCCAUGUACACCUCUACCCCGAUAUAACGCUGUCCUUGGGAGCCAAAAAAUCUUACUGCGUUAUAGGUGAAACCGCGUUAUAUUGAACUUGCUUUGAUCCACCAGAGUGCACAGCCCCGCACCCCUGGAUCACAGCUUUACCGCGUUAUAUCCGAAUUCAUGUUAUAUCGGGUUGCGUUAUAUCGGGGUAGAGGUGUAGUGAACUUUAAGGCAGCAUUUGUGGCAUCUCCGCUCCUUCAGGCGAGUUGUCUGCUUUUCCCUUUUGCAGCUCAUCCUUCCUUGGAGUGAAGCCCACGGUGUUUUUCAUCAACUCCUUUGUCCUGUGUCAUGGAAGUGUGCAUCCCUCCAACAGGAAUGUCCAUCAGCCCCAGGUGGGGGAACCAGGAGUGAACUUUACUCGGUACAUGGAGGUUAAAUCUAUCUGGGCCUUGACUCCAUUGGGGUUUUCCAUGGAGUUAGCUAGAUUGAGUUAGGGAUCCUGAUGUAAAAACACAACUGUGUUUUUUUUUUCCAAUGAAGAAAAUAGCCCAUAUAGCAGCCAGGGUAACGUAGCAAAUUUCCUCACCACCGGACACAACCUCCAUCACUUUUCCUAGUCUAACCAAAUUUAUAGCAUCACGUUUAUAUUUUUCCUCCCACUGCAAAGUGAUUGUUAGUCAGCAGGUUCCCCCACUAGGGACAGAUUGCCUCAUUCCCAGUUGUUCUCACGUUGCACUGGGUUCUGCUGAAUAGCAGUUGGGUUUUGUACCCUUUUUCUCAAUGUAAAUAUAACAGAGAAGGAGCCGGGAUAGAGGGUGUGACAAAGUGGGGAUUUUCCCUUGUUCUGUUGUAUGUGAGUCUUACUGUUGAGCCUAUGUGAGUUUUACUGUUUUGCAUGAAUACUGCGUGUGUCUCAGUUUCCCUGUGUGCUGCACCACUACCUCGGUGGUGGGAAUAGGGGUGUGUGACUGACGAAGUGGGAAUGUUCUUAAUGUUUUCUUUGAAUAGUGGGUGGGUGCCUGUGACACAGCAGGGAGUGGGGAGUAUUGACCUGGGAAGGUUGCAGGGGAGUUUCAUUGGGACUGUCUGCAUUGGGGAUGGGAGACUUUCCUUGAGGGAGGAUACCUGAGCAUGUAACGUGAGAACCCAGGAAG